AUGGGGUCCCACAAUGAGCCAACCCCCGAGAAUAUGACUAUGAUGCAGGGCUUCGAGUGGUAUGUCCCGGCAGACCAAAAACACUGGGUCAGACUUGAGAAGCAGAUUCCCCAGCUUAAAGCAUGGGGCGUUGACAAUAUCUGGGUACCACCAGGAUGCAAGGGCUCGUCCAAGACUGGCAAUGGAUACGACAUCUACGACCUUUACGACCUGGGCGAGUUUGACCAAAAGGGAAGCGUGGCCACCAAAUGGGGAACCAAAGAGGAACUCGUCAAGCUCUGCUCUACGGCCAAGGCCAAAGGCGUUGGCAUCUACUGGGAUGCGGUUCUGAAUCACAGGUUUGCAGCCGAUCAUAAGGAGAAGUGCCCAGCCGCCGAAGUCGAUGAGGAGGACCGCAACAAGUUCAUCAGCGAUACCUAUGACAUAAAGGCUUGGGUUGGCUUUGACUUUCCCGGUCGUAAGGGCAAAUACAGCAAGCAGAAAUAUCACUGGUAUCAUUUCAGUGGUGUCGACUUCGAUGCCAGUAAUGAAAAGACAGGUAUCUUCAAGAUCAUGGGCGACAAAAAUCAGGGGUGGGCUGAGGACGGUGAUGUUGAUAGUGAGAAGGGGAACUACGACUAUCUCAUGGGCUCCGACCUGGACUACGAUCACCCAGAGGUGCAAGACGAUGUCUUGGCCUGGGGCAAGUGGAUAGCAAAGACGAUACCGCUGGCUGGCAUGCGGUUUGAUGCCGUGAAGCACUUCAGUGCCGACUUCCUCUCACGCUUCAUCACCGAGCUCGACGAAGCUUAUGGUCAAGGCUGGUUCUUUGUCGGCGAGUUUUGGAAAGAUAGCCUGGAUGACAUGUCCCACUACCUGCAGCGGAUGGGUAAGAAAUUCAGCCUGUUUGACGCUCCCUUGGUUUACAGCUUUUCAAGAAUAUCUCAGGGAGAUAGCGAAGACAUGAGGAAGGUCUUUGACAAUACCCUGGUGCAGCGGGAGCCCAUCAACGCCGUCACCUUGGUCAUGAACCAUGAUACACAGCCUGGGCAGGCUCUCGAGGUUCCCAUCGCCGACUGGUUCAAGCCGCUCGCCCAUGCAUUGAUCCUCCUCAGGUCUUCGGGCUACCCCUGCGUCUGGUACGGCGACCUUUACGGUACCAAGGCGAAGGAGCCUGCGCCUCCCAGCUGCGGUGGAUCUCUUCCCAAGAUGCUGCUGGCACGUAAGCUCUACGCCUACGGAGAACAGGCAGACUACUUUGACUACGCCACCUGCCUCGGUUGGGUCAAGUAUGGCACCUGGGACCGCCCGUACGGCUGCGCAGUUGUCAUCAGCAACGCCGGGCCGGGAGAGAAGCGCAUGCACGUCGGUGAGAUGCACGCCGGCGAGACCUGGACCGACCUGAUGGGUUGGAGCAACGAAGAGGUCGUGAUUGGCGAGGAUGGGUUCGGCUUGUUCAAGUGCGGACAGUGCAGCGUCAGCGUCUAUGUGAACAAGGACGCCGAGGGCCGCGAGCGUUUCGCGGAGAAGUUUGAUUCCGAUAUAUAUGGUGAGGGGGAAAAGAAUGAUACCUGCUAA